GAUGCUUCACCUACUACGCCCACGAAAAGAAAUCCUUCUCGCACCACGCCUAUCCCGGUUCAACUGCCCGUCCACCACCCCCUCCCGCCAAAGCCCGUGCAAUCCCAAGGCUGCACGUCUUUUCGAGGCGUUAAGCGUGAACGAGGUCCAUCGCCCGAUCUCUACGAUUGUGAACGCUCCAAAAAGCCACGUCCAAAGUUUAAGUGGCCUACUAUUAAAUGCUUGCAUUCCGUGGCGCUCAAGGGCAAAAGCGACGUCGCUGUAAAGACGAUAACGAUAUCUUCGGACGGCAUGUAUGCUGCAGUGACAUGUAAGGAGACAUGCUCCUCUUAGUCAUUGGACUGCUCGUCUUUACUCGUUGUUCAGGUAAUCGAACCACACGGAUAUGGAAUGCCCAGAUGCGAGCUGAACUCGCGCAGUUGUCUCAUGGAGCUUCAGUCGUCUCGGUUGUUUGGAUGGAAGGUAGUUCCGGAAUAAUCACACUUCAAGAAGACGGUGUUGUCAGCAAGUGGAUUCGAACAGGAUCAAACCAAUGGCAUUGGACAAAGAUCGUCAAUGCUGGUAAAGACAAGGGCUCAGAGGAGGGUUCGAUGUGCCUAGCAUAUGGACGAGACCGUGUCGCUGUCUCCUUACCGCACUCCGGAGUCAAAAUCUGGAUAUGGAAUAAAGGCACAUGGCAGUUCCAACGGUCUAUUCUUAAGCAAAACGUGACGGCCAUUAAAUUCGUGCAUGAUGGGUCCGCUCUUCUUGGGGGAACGAAGAGACGGUGGCAUAGCGAAGUGCCCAAUGGAACUUUGCGGGCGUAUGCGUUGAUGAAGGAUAAGAUCGUGGAUAUAGACCUCAGUGUGGGUGGUACUUGUGCGCUGGUCACUCAAACGGGAGGAGUCGCUCGUUUGGUGGAUAUUCAAGAUAGACGAGGUCAAGUGAUGGCUGUCUAUGGUAAUACGGAGACUGAGACCCGACCGUCUGGUGAUUUUGGAGCUGUGUUGGUUGCUAAUGGUCAGGGUGUGCUGCACGGCAGUUCUGGAGGAUGUGUUCUGAUAUGGGACAUGAAAAAAGGAAGUCUGGUGUAUGGGCUGGAGCAUGAGGAAGAUGAUAUCAUCCAGGCAGUGGCGGGAUUCGAUGGAGCAUCUGGAUGUAUUCUUACUGGAACGAAACAGGGUUAUUUAUAUUGGUGGCCGCAACCGUCACAACCAGAGUCUAAUAAGCGCACGAAAGCUGCGGCAUAAUAUCUUGUUUAUUGAACAGUCAAUUAAUUCUUGUAUCGUAUAUAUCUUGUUAUCUUGCUGCCGUACUUUAGCGGACUGUGGCUUGGCUUGAUUGUCCUAGCAAUGUAUAAUACUUAUAGUAUUGGUUGAAUAUUUGAAAUUCGAGCGUGGGUAGAA